UUGAACCUACAAUUUACUAGAGUCUACAACUUCAAUUGCCUUGCUAUGAAAUUGCAUGGACCCCGAAGCAGAAGACGACGCCAUCAACCACCUCCCAACCGCCACCUCACCGGAGCCUCACCGGCGGUCCAUCUGCUCCAACUGCCACCGGCCAAACCCAGUAUGUCUCUGUCACGCCCUCCCCGCGCAACCCAUCCAAACCACCACCCGAGUCCUCAUCCUCCACCACCCCCACGAAGCGCAGCACAAGCUCUCCACCACUCCACUCCUCACCAAAUCCCUCCUCCACGCCACCGCCAUCACCGGCCGCCGCCUCCGCCGCGGCCUCUCCCCUCUCCUCGACCAAUCCCCCCCAGCCAUCUUCCUCUUCCCGGGAACCUCAUCCUCGCCGGCCGUCAACAUCUCCGACCUCCGCGCUUCAGAGCUGCUAACCCGGAGCUGCAACAAUGAAGGCCUGGUGUUGAUCGCCUUCGACGCGACGUGGAAGCACGCGAGGGAGAUGGUGAAGGCCAGCGAGGAAUUCUUAUCCAAGUUCGCGAUUAGGGUUUGUUUGGGGGUGGAUGAGAAAUCCAGCGGCGGAAGCAUUUACGAUUCGGAAUUGAUUUUGAGGAAGGAACCGUUUUCUGGGUGUGUGAGUACCAUGGAGGCUGUGGCUAGAGUGUUGCGUGUUCUUGAGCCCAAUGGGGUCGAGAUUGAAGGUAGAUUGAUUGGGAUUUUGAGGGAAAUGGUGAAGUUGCAGGCUGGGUUUUUGAAGCCUGUGAAGACCAGACCCAAGUUGAUGAAGAAGAAGCUUAUGGAAGAGGAAAAGAGUGAGAGUUCUGAUAAAGGUUAAUGGUCUCUUUGGUGGAAUUUCACUUCACUGAGUGCAUUUCGGAUACACGGCGCAAAAACCACAUUGAAGCCAAAAUCACGGUCGACAGCUUCAAAAACUAAUGGAGUUUGUUUGUGUCCAUUGUGAUUUUCGCUUCACCGUAGUUUUCAUAUGUACUGAGGCUGUGUUUGGUUUUCAAUUUGAAAGUCUGUUUGGGUCAUUGAAAUUCGAGAUCACAUAUUCCAGUGCCCCAAAUGUGAAAGAGGUUUUGAACUUCUGUUGGUUGAAAGCGCUUUCAAAUUGUAAACCAAACAGGCAUUGAAUGAUCUAGAUACGGUUUAAUGUGGUGAGCAAUUUCUCUCUUUUUAUUUUGUAUCAGAACUGUUAUGGUUUAUAAAAGGCAAGGAGAUUUGGCUCUAUGUGAUAAAAUUUCCCAGCACUGCAUUACAAUCUUGUUACUUUCAAAAAAAAAAUACAAUCACCCUGCAGUAUCAUUAUGAAUGUCUAA